GCGGGCCCCGGAUGGGGCGUGGCCUCCGCCGGCCGCUUCCGGGCCUGGCGGUGAGGAGGGAGUGAGGGAGCGGUAAGAUGGCGGCGGCGGCGGUGCUGGAGUUCCAGCGCGCGCAGUCCCUGCUCUCCACCGACCGCGAGGCCUCCAUCGGCAUCCUCCACUCCAUAGUGAAACGCGAUGUCCAGGAAAAUGAUGAAGAAGCGGUGCAAGUCAAAGAGCAGAGCAUCCUGGAACUGGGGUCGCUUUUGGCCAAGACUGGGCAGGCAGAAGAGCUGGGAGGACUUCUGAAGUAUGUUCGACCCUUCUUGAACUCCAUCAGCAAAGCAAAGGCAGCCCGCUUAGUCCGAUCUCUGCUUGAUCUGUUCCUUGAUAUGGAGGCAGCAACAGGACAGGAGGUUGACCUGUGUUUAGAGUGUAUUGAAUGGGCCAAAUCAGAGAAGAGGACUUUCCUACGCCAGGCUCUGGAGGCGAGGCUGGUCUCUUUGUACUUCGAUACCAAGAGGUACCAAGAAGCACUGCAGCUAGGCUCCCAGCUUCUUCGGGAAUUGAAAAAGAUGGAUGACAAGGCAUUGCUGGUGGAAGUGCAGCUGUUAGAAAGUAAGACUUACCAUGCCCUGAGCAAUCUGCCAAAAGCAAGAGCAGCCUUAACCUCUGCACGGACUACAGCCAAUGCAAUCUACUGUCCACCUAAGCUGCAAGCAGCGUUAGACAUGCAGUCAGGUAUUAUCCAUGCAGCAGAAGAGAAGGACUGGAAAACAGCCUAUUCAUAUUUUUACGAGGCGUUUGAGGGAUAUGAUUCAAUUGACAACCCAAAAGCCAUCACUGCGCUGAAAUACAUGUUGCUGUGCAAAAUCAUGCUGAACAUCCCAGAAGAUGUGCAAGCAUUAGUGAGUGGAAAGCUUGCUCUGCGGUAUGCAGGAAGACAGACAGAAGCACUAAAAUGUGUGGCACAAGCCAGUAAGAACCGAUCGCUGGCAGAUUUUGAAAAGGCUCUGACAGACUAUAAGGUGGAGCUCAGGGACGACCCCAUCAUAAACACUCACUUGGCUAAGCUCUAUGAUAACUUAUUGGAACAGAAUCUGAUCAGAGUCAUUGAGCCCUUCUCCAGAGUACAGAUUGAACACAUAUCCAGCCUCAUCAAGCUCUCAAAGGCUGAGGUAGAAAGGAAACUGUCACAGAUGAUCUUGGACAAGAAAUUUCAUGGCAUCCUUGACCAAGGCGAGGGAGUCCUGAUCAUCUUCGAUGAACCCCCUGUAGACAAAACUUAUGAAGCUGCCCUCGAGACUAUUCAGAAUAUGAGUAAAGUAGUGGAUUCGCUCUACAACAAAGCCAAGAAGCUAACAUAGAGUUGAAUUUGCUAGCUGUCAUUUGGAGAGUGUGUGUGACAGGAGAGUGAAACCUUUGGGAAAAUGUUAGGAGACUUUUUUUUCUUUGUUCUACUUUUCGCUCGGAAAGUUUUUAAACUUCCUCAUCCAGUGCAUCUUGUAUUCCAUACGAUGCGUGUUCCAGUUUCCAUGUAAUCUUUACUGGCCGAACUUUGUAUCUGGGGGGGGAAUAUUGUUUAAACGAAGAGGGUAUUCUAAAUAAAAGGAAAAAGGCUUACACUA